CAGAGGUAACCUCGCCAAGCAGGGCUCCGGCAUAGUCGGUGGAAGAAUGUUGGUUUCAUCCGCUGACACUAUAGCUUCGGAUUGGUCUGUGUGACACAAUGUCUCUGUUCCAUCAGCCUGCUCUCUACAGUCCACAGCCUACAGACUGAGGAAAGCACACACCUCCUUCUGCAGGACACUGGUGGGGGCAUUUGAGGCCCUGUGUGAACGAGAAGGCGCUUACUUUGACAUCGGAGAUUCUGCAGAUGCUGGGAACCUUGAGCAACACACACAAAAUACUAGAGGAACUCAGCAUCUAUGGAGGGAAGGAAAGAGACAACAAUUUUGGACCGAGACCCUUCAUCAAGACUGAAAAGGAAGGGAAAGAAGCCAGAAUAAAAAGGUGGAUGUGGGGAAGGAGUACAAACUGGCAGGUGACAGAUGAGACCAGGAGAGACAUCGGUGUCCCUGGAUCGAAUUCCAGACCGAACACGGUGACUGAAGAUCAUGAGGGCAAUGGAUUGUCUGUGCCAGCCCAGGAUGAGGGACUGAAAUCUGAAGAAAAACACAAGCCUUGGUUGCCUGGUGGUUCCCGACAGUGACCCCCAUGUCAGGAUCAGGAAGCAGAAGACCUUCAGCACCACGGAGUCGGGGUCUCCACGGAAGAAGAGGCUUCUCCUCCUUGUUUAAGGCAGCGUUGGCCCCGGCGUCGGCGCCGCAUGAGACACAGCCCCUGCUCCGGCCCUCCAGGCGCAGCUCCCCGCGAGACACCUGCACCGCAUCUUCCCUCAGCAGCAGCAGCAACUCCAGUUCCUACAAGGGCAGUGACAGCAGCCCCACACCCAGACGAUCCAGUAAGUAUUCAUCCUGCAGUGAGAAUCACGGCAUCAAACCCCCGAGCCCGGAGCAGUACCUGACGCCACUACAGCAAAAGGAGGUCUGCAUCCGACACCUGAAGGCGAAGCUGAAGGAGACAGAGGAGAGGCUGGAUGAGAGGGAUGUCGAGGUGGAGGACCUGAAGAUGCAGUUGUCACGGAUGCAGGAGGACUGGAUCGAGGAAGAAUGCCACCGUGUGGAGGCCCAGCUGUCACUGAAGGAGGCCAGGAAGGAGAUCAAACAGCUGAAGCAGGUGAUCGAGACGGUGAAGAACAACUUAGUGGAGAAAGACAAGGGCAUCCAGAAGUAUUUCAUUGACAUCAACAUUCAGAACAAGAAACUGGAGACCUUGCUGCAGAGUAUGGAGUUGGCCCAGGAUGGGGCCUCUCACUCCACCUCUGGCUCCCCGGCCAAAUCCCUGACCCGAAGCUCGACCUACACUAAGCUGAGCGAGCGGGUGGGUGAGCUCCAGGGCAUUGAGGGUUUCCCGGCCCCUCACCAUAGCUCCUUGGCCUCUGGGAUGGACCGCACCCUGGAGGGUCUCAGCUUUUCAGUCCGGCCUGGGGUAUUGAUGGGCCAGGAGCCCGAGGAAGCUGCUUGCAGGCCUGGCCCCCAGCAGGUCAUCCUUCGGGACCAGAGUGUCCAGACUGACCAUGCCGCCCGCCAACCCGACCUGGAGGUCAUCGCCGAGAAGGUGCUGAAGUCCAGUGCCUGCAGCCCACGUAGCCUCACCUCGGAAGGAGAGGCAUCAGAGAUCCUCCCUGACCAGCAGACGCUGGACACGAGGCUGGUUGAUAGGCAGUCGGCCACAGGGGGGCUGAUGGAAAUCUCGGGCCAAGCAGUGCCGGUGGAACCUGAUGGCUGGCUGACCCACUGGAGCCACCACUACAUUGUGGACCUGCUGGCGGUGACUAUUCCAGCCGUCCCCACCCUUGCCUGGAUCUUCAGCACACAGCAGGGCAGUUCUCAGCCCCUCUACAACAUCGGCAUGCUGCUGCGUUGCUGUUGUGUCAUCGCUCUCCAUUCCUUGCGCCGACUGAACAACAGUCCGCCUUCCUCUCACUGUCCCCGUUUCCCAUCCUAGCUCCUACCUCACCUCUGUCCCAGCUUCGCCCUGUUGUCCACCAGUCACUGACCCAUCAUAGAUCCCACCCUUCAUUUUAUAGAGAUACAGCAUGGUUACAGCUGGCCAGUUUCACCUUGUGCUGAAAUAACCUACUCACCUGCACGUCUUUGGACUGUGGGAGGAAACUGGAGCACCUGGACAAAACCAUGUGGUCAUGGGGAAAAUGUACAAACUUCUCACAGACAGUGGCAGGAAUCAAACCCAGGUUGCUACCAUGCCCCCACCAUAGACCUCCGCCGGGUCCCUCUCACUUUCCCUUCUCUAGUAGCCCCUCCCCAUUCCUUACCGUAACUUGUCCCACUGGUUUUCCUCUCCCAGUCCCCAGUCUCCAUCCCUGACCUCCAGCCUAUUCUAUCCUAGCCCUCCCCUCGGUUCCAGUUAGUCGUGAUCAAAUGGCAAGACAGAAUUGAUGGGCUGAAUGGACCAUCAGCUCCAAUGUCUUAUGGGAUCUCUAUCAUUGCCUAUCCAAGCUCAGCAGCUCUUCUUGAUGCCCCACCAUCAUCCAAAACCUCUUGACACUCUUUCCAGCACACACCAACAUUAUCUCCCCACCCUCCCAUACCGUCCGUACCCCUCACCCUAAUCCUCAUUCACCUUCUCCAUUAUUUCAGAAACAAUUUCACACCAUUCCCAUGCACUGAUCAGACUCCUUGUAUAAAUAUUAACAAUUCAUUGAUACACCCAAAUAUAUAGAAAUAUACAUAAAUAUAUAUAUAAUAGAGACAAAUAACUAAUCUAAAUGAGUGUCUAAAGGACAUCACAAAGCUCCUGUGACCAUUUCCAUCAGAGUUCAUUGUUAUUAUUAGUCAAAGACAAUUCAUCAAAGCAUUUUCAAUAUGCUUCUGUCAAUAACACAUCUACAAACUGGCACCUUCACUCCAUUAAUGCACUGGAUCAGUUGCUGGCAGUUGUUCCCUGUCAGCUGGUGCCAAUCUUCAAUGGUCACUUUUAACCAUGAUUGAUAUCUGAUUGUAGUUUUAGACAAUCUCUCCCCACCCUUUUUGUGGUGACAACCAUAUUUAUAUAUUUAUUGAUUGUUUGCACAUUUUUAACAACUUUACCUUUGUGACGCAUUUGCACUUUGCUGUGUUGCUUCUGGGAGGUGGAAGAGCAGGGUUUUUGUACUCCCAGCUGCCAGAUCAGACUUCCUGUGAAUCAUCGCUGUGGUAAACCUGCCAAUCUAUUCAAGAAAGGAGAUGGAAUUCCUCCCACAAUAUAUCUCAGUCCAAAGCAAUCACUGGGCUCCUUCCUUGGCUCUGGUAUAAAGCCAGUGGUAGACUAGUGGCUUCUUUUCACGGGAAUGGUUUGAGGCUUGACAAAGAUUCGGAUGAGGAUUAAUUUUUCACAUGCGCAGGUUUCUUACCCACUGUUAAAUCAGAAUGUUAGAUUACAUUCACUGGGCUUGUUCUCUUGGGACAUGAGAGAUUACAGAUGCUGCAAUAAGGAGCAGGACACAAAAUGCCAGCGUUUGUGGACAGAAAUAGAUAGCUAAUGUUUUGGGUCAACUGUCCAAUUCCCUUUGUAGAUGCUGCCCAACCUACAGAGUUUCUCCAGCAUUCUGUGCAAUGUUUAGUAUUCCUGGGAAUAUGCAAAAAGUGUUUUAAACUAUAAUAGAAUCACAUAGUUCUACAGCACAGAACCAGACCCUUUGGCCCAUCUAGUCCAUGACAAAAAACUGUUAUUCUGUCUAGUCCCCUCAAUGCCCACCUGGACCAUAGCUCUCCCUACCCCUCUCGUCCAUAUACAUCCAGACUUCUCUUAAAAGCUGCAAUCAAACCUUCUUCCACCACUUCUGCUGGCAACUGGUUCCACACUCUCACCACUCUCUGUGUGAAGAAGUUCCCUCUUAGGCUCCCCUUAAAUAUUUCACCUUGCACCUUUAACUGAUGACUUUUAGUUCUAGUCUCACCCAACUUCAGUACAAAAAGCCUGCCUAUCUAUACCCCUCAUAAUUUCAUAUAGCUUGAUCAACUCUCCCCUCAAUCUUCUACAUUCCAGGGAAUAAAUUCCGAACCCAUUCAACCUCUCCCUAUAGCUGAUGACUUAAGCUCUGGCAACAUCCUUGUAAAUUUUCCCCGCACUCUUUCAACCUUAUUUACAUCUUUCCUGUAGGUAGGUGACCAAAACUGCACACAAUACUCCAAAUUAGGCCUCACCAAUGUCUUAAACAACUUCAAAGUAAUAUCCUAACUCCUGUAUUGAAUACUCUGAUUUGUGAAGGCAAAUGUACCAAAAUCUACCAACCCUUGCUAACAGGUCAAAAGUGGUCAGGGAGCAGCAAGUCAUGUGAUCAUUCAGCUUUGACACCCUUGCCCAAGUCAAUUAAUUUACCCUCGGUGAUAAUCCAUUCCUUGUUUGGGAGAUUCAAUGCGGGGGUAGAAAUCAUUUAACACCCGUGGAAAUGGAAUUGAGAUGGAUUCUUCAGGUAAUCUUGGAAAGAAUGGAUUAUCAGACUUUUUAAUGAAAGUCUUAAAUAGUUGGGGUGGUGGGGUGGAGAUACGUCUCUACCAAAGGAGGUGUAAGGCAUUCUUUCCCUCUGCUAGCCUACCUUUGGGCAAGGUGUAGCACCUGCUUAGCACCCCACCCCCACCCCUGAUGAGGGUCACAUGAAGACACAGGAGCUGGUGGUAGAUGAUCAUUUGAGCAGCUGGUGUAUAUCAGAAGUCUUGGUUAUGUGACCACUGGCCAAAAAUCUGCUCCUAUACCUUAUGGUCUUAAGUCCUGUUAGUUCAGGGGUAGAAUUUUCCAAUGUUCUGUCCUGAUGAAGGGUCUCAGCCCAAAAUAUUGGCUCUUUAUUCCCCUCCACAGAUGCUGCCUGACCUGCUGAGUUCCUCCAGCAUUUUGCGUGUGUUGCUCUGGAUUUCCAGCGUCUCCGGAAUCUCUUGUGUUUAGAAUUUUCUAAUACGUUGUUUAUAAAUAUUCAGAGAGAAAUCAACAUAUCACUGUUUAAAAUUGCAUUUCCACUAUUACAGCAUUAUAUUUCUAAUUCUUUCUGUGGGACGUCGGAGGGAUAGCAUUUUUGCACCGUCUCCCUGAUGUCCCUGACAGAGCAUCACAUCGACCCAUUGGCACUGGUUGUUGUGACGGUGCCAUGUGAUGGAACAUUGAAACAUUCACCACAAUAGAACAUUGACACCUGGUCAGAUCAGGGUGGCAAGUAGUUUCGAGGGGAGGAUGUGUCCUUAGAAGUUUAAUGUGUUCCUCAUUUCCUUAACCCUGGUGGACAUACUUAAGUGCUGAGAUCUUCCUUUGUUAACUUGAUGCCUGGUCUGGGAGUCUAGAGAACAGGCCAGAAGAGUGAUCAUAACAUUUGAUAAUGUCUUUGUUUUGUGUUUGGUUGAGUCUUGUUUAUUACAUACGUGCAUGUGUGUGUUUGUGUUUGUGUGGCAGUGUUCCCUCUAAUUUUUUUUCAGCUGCACGGACUAACCAUUGCUCUGAGCAGGAAAUUUUUACGCGGCCUGAAAUCUGCACGGCAGUUCAAAGACUUUUUUUUAAUAUGCAUACUAUGAAUAUUUAGAAUGAAAAUUGAAAAAUCACAUACUUUUGAUUUUAUUUAUUAAUUGAAGAGUAUAAUGAAAUACAGUACUACUAUCCUCUCCUGUCAGAUUCCUUCUUCUCCAGCCCUUCACCUUUCCUACCCACCUGGCUUUAGCUAUCACCUUUCAGCUAGCCUCCUUCCCCUGCCCCCAUCUUUUUUAUUCUAGCAUCUUUCUCCUUCCUUCUUAUUCCUAGAGAAGGGUCUUGGCCCGAAACAUUGACUACCUAUCGUUUCAAUAGAUAUUGCCUGACCUGCUGAGUUCCUCCAGUAUUUUGUGUGUUACUUUGGAUUUCCAGCACCUGCAGACUUUCUCGUGUUUAUAAAGAAAAUCUUACAUGUUUCGUAAACUUUUAAACUUAGAUGGCGUCGGUGUUCAGCAGGUGGUGGUUUAUUAACAAUGAGAUACUAACUUCCAUUCUGUGUUUAUUGUUACAAUUUGUAACAGUGCUGUAACUUGAAACACGAUGUAAAAACGUUGAAGCUCUAAGAUGUUUCAAAGUAAAUGUGGUAUGUUUAUUGUUUAGAAAAUUUAUGGACUAUAUUGAUUAACACAUAAUUACAGGAUAUUUCGCAAUUAUAUCAACAUAGAUUUCAAAAUUAUAUGAACAUAACUUCAAAUUUAGAUUAACAUUAUUCAAAAGAAAAUUCCAGCUGCAUGGCAACAAAGGUUAUGUGCGUGGGAGAAUUUCAGAUACUGCACAGCUGCACACCCAUGCAGCUUAGAGGGAACAGUAGUGUGUGUGUGUGUCGGUGUGUGUUUCUGUGUGUAUGCACACAAGAAACUGGGUGCCAGCUGUUGUUGAAGGUUUCUGUGAAGCAGUCUAACACUGAACCCAGUGCUGUCUGACAGAUAACUGAGGGGCUUCUUCGCUGUUACUGUUUAUCAUUUGUACCACUGACUCUGUAGCAUUCAGAGUAUCCUGUACCUGAAAUAAACACCUGAAACCUCUAGGCUCCUUGUCUAAGUGGUGCAGAGACAAAAACAUCAAGGUAUGUGAAAUAUUGCCAGGAAACACGAAGUGUGCGGUGAACCUUCCCUUGGGAGAGGAGCUGUUAACCCAAUGAUGUUCAAGAAGUUAAUCCUUUUUAUUCUGGCUUUAGAAGAUGUAAAUGUUUGUGAGCAUGCCCCACAGCUUCAAGGAGAGCUUCUAUCUUGCUGUCAUAGAAUGCAGGACAUUCUGCAGUUGCUGAAAAUCAAGAACAACACAUACAAAAUGUUGGAAAACUUCAGAAGGUCAGACAACAUCAGUCCUGAUGAAGAAUCUCAGCCCAAAAUGUUGAUUGUCAUUCCCUUUCAUAGAAGCUGCCUGAUCUGUUGAGUUCCACCAGCAAUGUUUUUGUGUGUUGCUUAAGAUUUCCAUGCAUCUUCAGAAUCUCUUGUGUUUAUGAUCUGCUGUUCCAAUGCAAAGUGUUCAAGGUACUGUUUGGUUAUUCUGGAGAAGUUUAAAUUUUCCUUCCUCUCCUAUACCUUAUUAUUCUGGCUUCUUCCCACUUCCUUUCCAGUCUUGAUGAAGGAUCUUGGUGCAAAAUGUCAGUUGAUUUUUUUUCCCUUCCGUAGAUGCUGCCUGUCCUACUGAGUUCCUCCAGCAUGUUGCAUGUUUUGCUCAAGAUUUCUAGCAUCUAGGAUCUCGUGUGUAGAUGUCAAACCUUGCUAUGGUUCAUCGCAAUUAAUCUGUUAUUCUCUUAACACCUCACCUGAAUAAGACCAUAACGCAUAGGAGUAGAAUUAGGUUCAUGGAGUCUGUUCCAUCAUUUGAUGUUGUUUAAUUUAUUAUCCUCUCAAACCCAUUCUCAUGCCUUCUCUCUGUAACCUUUGACACCCUGACUAAUCAAGAAGCUAUCAGCCUCUGCUUUAAAUAUACCCAAAGACCUGGCCUCCACAGCCAUUUGUGGCAAUGGAUUCCACAGAUUCACCACCUCUGGCUAAAGAGAUUCCUCCUCAUCUCUGUUCUAAAGGGACAUUCUUAAAUUUUGAAGUUGUGCCCUCUGGUCCAAGACUGUCCUACUGUGGGAUGAGGAGUAAUUUCUUUUGCCCGAGGGUGGUGAUUGGCGAAGACAUCAAGAGUUAUGGGAGAAGGCUGGAGAAUGGGGUUGAGAAGGAUAAUCAGCCAUGAUGGAAUGACAAGGCACUUGAUGGGCCAAAUGCCCUAAUUCUGCUCCUGUUUCUUAUGGUCUAAGAGAGUACAUUGUGGAGUUAAUAUAGAAACAUAGAAACAUAGAAAAUAGGUGCAGGAGUAGGCCAUUCGGCCCUUCGAGCCUGCACCGCCAUUUAUUAUGAUCAUGGCUGAUCAUCCAACUCAGAACCCUGCACCAGCCUUCCCUCCAUACCCCCUGAUCCCUGUAGCCACAAGGGCCAUAUCUAACUCCCUCUUAAACAUAGCCAAUGAACUGGCCUCAACAGUUUGCUGUGGCAGAGAAUUCCACAGAUUCACCACUCUCUGUGUGAAGAAGUUUUUCCUAAUCUCAGUCCUAAAAGGCUUCCCCUCUAUCCUCAAACUGUGACCAACAUAGUCAGGAAAAACGAUUAGACUGAAUCCACAAGGUGCCACAUAAUCAGUUAUUAGUAUGGCACUUUUGUCUACACUCUUAUAACUUGGAUCGGAACCGCUAUACAGACAAAAUAACUCUGCAGCUAUGCCUUAUGGUUUUCACCAGAGUGGGGUCUGUUGUGGACCAAUUUGUUUAAGUAAUGCUCAGUGUUAUGGGAGGCACAGUAGUGUAGCAGUUAGUGUAACACUUACAGUGCCAGCGAUGGUUCAGUUCCUGUCAGUAAGGAGUUUGUAUGUUCUCCCUGUGACUGCUGGUUUCCUCCACAGUCCAAAGACGUGUGGUUAGCGUUAAUGAGUUGUGGGCAUGUUACUUUGGCGCCAGAAGCAUGGUGAAGCUUGUGGGCUGCCCUCAGCACAAUCCUUGGAAUGUGUGGGUCGUUGAUGCAAAACGAUGCAUUUCACUGUAAGUUUCAAUGUACACAUGACAAAUAAAACUAAUUUUUUUUGUGUGUCUCACUGAUCAAACUGUGGUUGAAGAGAUUCGAAAACAGGCACACAGUUACACUCAGCUAAACUAGGAGCAGAGUACAUGCUAAUCCUGUCAAUGUGACAGUACCGAGGUUAAAAAUCAAUUUCCUGUCUCUGGAUUAAGAGAAGUCUGUCUCACAAUGUUAAAGUGACUGUGAGUUUCUCUAGAGGUUUACCCUUCAACCAACAUCAACAGGACAAGUUAGCACAAUGCUGUCUGUGGGAGCUGUGUGUAAACUGGUCAGUCUACCUCAUUACAACGGCAAUUUUACACUAUUAGUGAUCAAGGGCUCUGAGAGAAACCCAAGAACACCACUUUGUAAAGGGUGUUAUUCUUUACGGCCAACUUCUAGCUGCAAUGUUUGUCACCAGCCUUUUGAGAGGACUAGAAUAUUCUGCUCUUAAAUCUAUGGUGUAAGAUGGUGCACAAGGUAAGAGGAUACCAUAGGAUGCCACAUGAAUCAGAUAUAUGUAUUUAUUUUUAUUAUAUGUAUGGAACAUGCUCUUCUGGCCCUUCGAGCUGCAUCGCUCAGCAAUGGAAAGGAAAGGUAUGUUGCAUCCAGAGUUUCUCCAGUUAGACGAUUUCCCUCCACGCCUCUCUGGGGAAUCGCGUAUGAGGCAAGUUACAGCAGUGGUUUGCCUUUGCCUUCUGCCAGGUGAGUUUCCAAAGAGAUCACCAGCUCGUAACCCAGCACGGAUGGAAAGCAUGCAAGGGAGCCAGCUGGCUGGAUUCGUUCCAAAGUCCGACUCUGAUGCCACUACACCACCAGCCAGGUCUAACGA